AUGACCGAUUUAUCCGUUCAGCUCACUGCCCCUAACGGCCACACUUGGACCCAGCCCACCGGCUUGUUCAUCAAUAACCAAUGGGUCAAGUGUUCGACUGGCGAGAAGAUUGCUAGCAUCAACCCCACAACCGCAAAGGAAAUCACAUCAAUCCACGCAGCUUCCGCCGACGAUGUCGACAAGGCCGUCAAAGCAGCUCGAGCUGCUUUGAAUAAUCCAUGUUGGCGCGACCUGCCCGGCAUUGACCGCGGCAAGCUGAUGAACCGCCUGGCCCAGCUCAUCGAGGACAACCGCGCCACGCUCGCCACUAUUGAAACAAUCGACAACGGAAAGCCAUAUUCCGUUUCCUUCAAUGACGACCUCACCGAGACCGCUGAAACAAUCCGUUACUACGGUGGAUACGCCGAUAAGGUGUUUGGCCAGGUUAUUGAUACAACCCCGGAUAAAUUUGCCUACACUGUGCGGGAGCCCGUUGGUAUGGAACUUCCCCCUUGCUAUGGCCGCCUGGAAGCUCGGCCCAGCCCUCGCCUGCGGAAACACAGUCGUCCUCAAGCCAGCGGAGCAAACCCCUCUCUCAAUCCUCUUCCUUGCCAACCUGAUUGUGGAGGCAGGCUUCCCCCCGGCGUGGUUAAUAUUGUGAACGGACACGGUGCCAUCGCUGGAGCCGCACUUGCCUCACACAUGGACGUGGAUAAAAUCGCAUUCACAGGCAGCACCGCGACAGCCAAGCAGAUUAUGAAGAUGGCCAGCGUGAACUUGAAGAAUAUCACCCUAGAGACAGGUGGCAAGAGCCCGCUGAUUGUGUUCAACGAUGCGGAUCUCGAGCAGGCCGUUGAGUGGGCGCAUAUCGGUAUCAUGUACAACCAGGGCCAGAUCUGUACGGCCACAUCCCGAAUUCUGGUACAGGACGAGAUCUACGACCGUUUCUUGGAGGCAUUCAAAGCUCAGGUGAAGAAUGUCUCUAAGGUCGGUGAUCCGUUUGAGGAGUCGACCUUCCAGGGCCCGCAAGUGACGCAGGCUCAGUAUGACCGCAUCAUGUCUUAUAUUGACGUUGGUAAGUCUGAGAAGGCCACUCUGGUUGCUGGUGGCAAGCCUUUCACUGGCGUUGGUGAUGGCAAGGGUUUCUUCGUUGAACCUACUAUUUUCACUGAUGUUACGCCCAAGAUGCGUAUCUAUCAAGAGGAGGUCUUCGGUCCUUUCGUGGUGAUUGCCCGAUUUAGCGAGGAGAAGGAUGCUAUUGAGAUGGCCAAUGACUCCACUUAUGGCCUUGGAAGUGCUCUGUUCACGACAAAUUUGACUCGCGCGCAUCGCGUGGCUAAGAAGAUUGAGGCUGGUAUGGUCUGGAUCAACUCUAGUAAUGAUAGCGAUUGGCGCAUUCCAUUCGGUGGCGUGAAGCAAUCCGGUAUUGGUCGGGAACUUGGAGAGGCUGGCCUUGCUGCUUACUCAAAUAUUAAGGCUAUUCAUGUGAACAUGAAGUCUAAGCUUUGA